CCGAGCGUGGCACGCAGGCGACGCCCCCCGGGGUCCCGUCACCCCGAAGGAGCCGGUCGAGCGCACACUUGCUGACGAACAAGGGUGGGAGAGAGCCCGGAGCUUCGAGCGAACGCAGCGCGAUGAGCGGCGAGGGCGGCUACAACUUCAGGCGGGGGGCUAUACGGCGGAAGUCCGGUGCCUUCUACCUGCCGCUGGGGGCCCCUCGGCCCUGGAGGCCCGCGUCACAUGUGGGACGGGCCGAGACGGCCACCUUCAGGAACCAGGCCCCUGCCGACGCCCCAGAUGCACAAAUAGAGGUCCAUGGAGAUGUCGGCUUUCCCAAGAUCUUACAGCAAGUCACUGGCUGUUCUUGCUCAUCGAGUUCCAGUUCUGUGCCAAGCAGCAGUACCUGUCCAAAGAUCACUAUAGUUCCACCUUGUUUGAAAAGAAGCACGACCCCACUGGUUGAUCAGAAUGUAUCUAAUGAAGAGGCUCAGGGAAUAAAUGGAAAAACACCCACGAAACACUCAGCUGCAAGUCCAAAGCCACAAGUGCCUCCAAAGCCAUUACGUCUGCAGAAUUCACCUUCGUCCAAUAUACACCAAACCCCCAGGCAUAAAGCUUUAUCUAGUGAGAAACCAAGGAUGGAGGAAGUGAAACCUGCCUCUGCUUCUUGUGUCUCAAAAGAAAAACCCAGUAAGGUAUCAGAUCUCAUCAGUCGCUUUGAAGGAGGCAGCACAUUAUCAAAUUACAGUGAUUUGAAGAAAGACUCUGGUGUGAACCUGAAUGUUCCUAGAACCCCAGGAAGGCAUGGACUGACAACCACCCCUCAGCAAAAACUCCUCUCCUCACACCCACCACUGAAGCCGGAAAAUGACGCAGAUCCAACUCAGGGUGUACAGACUGGUGUGGCUAAUGGUGUGAUGGCAGCACCAAACCAGAUGGAAUGUGAGGAGGAUAAAGUGGCCACUCGUAGCCCAGAAACUCCAGAAACCUCUGAACCCUUGCAUGCUGUGAACUUAGUGAACGGAGAAGGAGGGGAGGAAGCGACCACAGGCCCUGCAUCCCCCACAGCAAAGGACUAUGAUGGAAAUGUUUCUGACAGUAGCUGCAGGACUGCCAGGGUCAGCCAGGUGCUCCCCCUAGAAGAAGAAAGGGCGGACACAGAAGCCAAGGUACAAGAGCGGGAAGAUGGAGAAAGCCCUCUGGAACUGGACCAGCUGGACCAGCACCAUGAGAUGAAGGAAACUAAUGAGCAAAAGCUUCACAAAAUAGCCAACGAACUUUUGCUUACAGAAAGAGCUUAUGUCAACCGACUUGACCUCUUAGAUCAGGUAUUUUACUGCAAAUUAUUAGAAGAAGCAAAUCGAGGCUCAUUUCCAGCAGAGAUGGUGAAUAAAAUCUUUUCUAAUAUUUCAUCAAUAAAUGCCUUCCAUAGUAAAUUCCUAUUGCCAGAGCUGGAAAAACGAAUGCAAGAAUGGGAAACAACCCCUAGAAUUGGUGACAUCCUUCAGAAAUUGGCACCGUUCCUUAAGAUGUAUGGAGAAUAUGUGAAGGGAUUUGAUAACGCAAUGGAAUUGGUUAAAAACAUGACCGAGCGUAUUCCCCAGUUCAAAUCAGUAGUUGAAGAAAUUCAGAAACAGAAGAUCUGUGGGAGCUUGACUUUGCAGCAUCACAUGCUAGAACCUGUUCAGCGGAUUCCCCGGUAUGAGAUGCUCCUGAAGGACUACCUAAGGAAAUUGCCCUCUGAUUCUCCCGACUGGAAUGAUGCUAAAAAAUCACUUGAAAUUAUAUCUACAGCAGCAAGCCAUUCUAAUAGUGCAAUAAGAAAAAUGGAGAACCUAAAGAAACUCUUAGAGAUUUAUGAGAUGUUGGGAGAGGAAGAAGACAUUGUAAAUCCUUCAAAUGAACUAAUAAAAGAGGGACAGAUCCUCAAACUAGCAGCUCGGAACACAUCAGCACAAGAACGCUACCUUUUCUUAUUCAACAACAUGUUGCUGUACUGUGUACCAAGAUUCAGCUUGGUGGGCUCUAAAUUCACAGUUCGAACCAGGGUUGGCAUCGAUGGAAUGAAAAUUGUGGAGACUCACAAUGAAGAAUAUCCACACACUUUCCAGGUAUCUGGGAAAGAGAGAACAUUGGAACUGCAAGCCAGUUCUGAGCAAGACAAAGAAGAAUGGAUCAAGGCUCUUCAAGAGACCAUUGAUGCUUUCCAUCAGAGGCAUGAAACCUUCAGAAAUGCAAUUGCAAAGGACAAUGACAUGCACUCAGAGGUUUCUACUGCUGAGCUGGGGAAAAGAGCUCCAAGAUGGAUCCGAGAUAAUGAAGUAACGAUGUGUAUGAAAUGCAAAGAAUCUUUCAAUGCACUGACAAGAAGAAGGCAUCAUUGUCGAGCAUGUGGACAUGUGGUUUGUUGGAAGUGUUCUGAUUACAAAGCUCAACUUGAGUACGAUGGUGGAAAAUUAAACAAAGUUUGUAAAGACUGUUAUCAAAUAAUAAGUGGAUUCACAGACAGUGAAGAAAAAAAAAGAAAAGGAAUUUUAGAGAUUGAAUCAGCAGAAGUAUCUGGAAACAGCAUAGUGUGCAGCUUUCUUCAGUAUAUGGAAAAGUCAAAACCUUGGCAGAAAGCUUGGUGUGUGAUCCCCAAACAAGACCCUCUUGUGCUGUACAUGUACGGUGCCCCCCAGGACGUCCGAGCCCAGGCCACCAUUCCACUCCUCGGCUAUGUUGUGGACGAUCUGCCAAAGAGUGCAGACCUGCCCCACAGUUUCAAACUGACCCAGUCCAAGUCUGUGCACAGCUUUGCUGCAGACAGUGAGGAACUGAAACAGAAGUGGCUGAAAAUCAUCUUUUUAGCUGUCAUAGGUGAGACACCAGACGGUCCCAACAAACAUCCAACCACCUUGGAUGAUCAUCCUGAACCUAGGAAAAAAUCAGAAUGCUGAACUCCAGGACCAUCCAUGAUGUGGAGGUCUCAAGAUUUACAGCUCAAGACAUUCCCAGCCCUCCUUAUUCAUCUCUUAGCACUUUAUGUUGAAAAAUAUAGGCUCAUAAACGCAUCUUUUGGGGGACUAUUUUCCUAUGUUUCUGUACUCAGUGAAACUGAUGUGCAGAGCCAUUCUACCGAUAAAAGUUUGAAAUAAUGUGAAAAUGGAGCAUUUUUUAAUGAGCUAUUCCUUGCAUAUGUACUUUUGUCUUGAAGAAAAUGUUAUCAGUGGAUUCUAUCACUAUCAGGUUAGAAUAGGCCACUUCCAUCUAAGGCCCUUCCAUGUCUUCUCCCUCACAGGUAGGACUUGUAACAGUUUGAAAGAUAUACCUCCAUUUUGCCAAAAUAGAUCCAUGGUAAAAAAAAAAACAGGGACAGUUUAGGUUAUUGUAUUAACUUAUUUAAUUUAGUUUAUAAAGCUCAAGCUGCAUAAAUAAUGUAUGUUCUUUUAAAACAGAAAGAACAAAUUGUUGGUGUUCAAACUUUCAACUUAUUAAGAAAAAAUAAUACUUGUUUUUGUAGAAAUAUUCCUAAGAAAAUAUCUCUAGAAUAUAGCAACUAUGUGUAUAAAGUAUUAAAUAUGAAUAUAAUUAUAUUAUACAUGCUUUUCUCUUCAGCUUUAGGUUCAUAUUUGUCUCUAAUUUAUUUUUUAAAUAUAAAGCAUGUUUUAUCUUGGAAUUGAACAAUGUUCUAAACUUCAUAAAUGUUUUUGGUGAUUUAUGUUUAACUGAUUGACAUCUAAAGGUAUUGAUAUUUUUAUAAUAAGAAAAAGCAGUAAUUUAUGUGGCAUGGGAUAUAUUAGUUCCAACUGUUUUUAAAGUACUAUUUUUUUGUUCUGUGCCUAUUUAAAACAGUGCCUCUCUUUGAAGGUGCUAAUAAUACCUAUUUAAAUUUAUAAUGAGGGUUUAAUUAAUGCUUCAGUCUUGAUUAUUUUGAGAUAAUACACUUUGGCCACUAGGAUGGUCGAAGUCACACAGGUUAUUUUACCUUUCACAGUCCUGCAAUUGUUGCAGCAGUUAAUAUCAGCAUGUGCAAAAAUGUUCACAGAAACCUAAACUGUACAAGAUACCUGACUUUAUACAGAACUGGGACAUAUGGAAACUACAUUUUAUUGUAAUGUUUUUCUUUUCUAUAAGACUGUUCAUGGUUAAAUGAGGACUACGUAAUUAACACUUAAGAUAACUGUGUGGGCCUAUUCCUUUGUCAGAGGGGAAAUGAAAUUCAUAUGUGAUAACCUGUGUUUGAGGGGCAGAUAGAUAUAUAUUAGAGGAAGUUUAUGUUCAACUCUUUAAACCACCUCAGUGAAGAAGAGGAGGGGAAAACAAUAAUGAAAAGCAAUAUUUUAAUGGCAGGUUUGGGAGGUACAAGAUGUUUGAAGAGAGUCUGAGCAUUUUUCCCCCUGUCGUCUGGGGAAUUUUAAAUAGUCAAAACAUGAUUUCUUUUCACAAAGGCUGCUCUUCAUUAUAUUGUGGUUGUGAUUAAAAUCUCACGUUAAGUUGUCUAUUUAA